CCCCAGAUUUCACCACCCCGCACCAGGAUAUCGUGUGAUACUCCUGAACAUUUCCUCACUCCUUGAAGUCAUACUCAGAAUAACAGGUCCGUCAAACAACACCCAAAAUGAUGCAAAGAAAGAGUCCAACAGCGAUUGUAGGAGUCAGCCCACUGGAUUUCAGCCUCGUUUACCGAGGUAACUUUCGAGAUGGUGAAGAUUGAGCCUUUCGAGGUUGAGCAGGUACUUUUUCCACACCAUGAUUCCCCGAAGUCUGCCAACAAUAUGUAGUGGAUGGACAAGUAUGAAGUCACUCCAGGAGUCUUGAAUAUCGCAGAGACUUGCGCGGCCUCUAUAUCAAUAGACGACCUCGUGGCCUUGUGCGAAGACCGAAGCGCCCCACAUCCUCUCGAUACUUCCACUAAGCUUACAUACGGUGCCAUACGAGGCUCACAAGCUUUAAGGGAGCGUCUUGCCGGCCUCUACUCGGUACGAGUCUCGAAACCCCUGCCGACCGAGAACAUCCUCAUCACGCCGGGUGCAAUUGCCGCCAACUUCCUCCUUUUCUACGCUCUCAUAGGACCGGGGGAUCAUGUAGUAUGCAUGCAUCCGACAUACCAGCAGCUAUACGAUGUACCAACGAGUCUGGGAGCCGAAAUCUCGCUAUGGAAGCUUCGAAAGGGAAAGAAAUACGUGCCGGAUCUGGAGGACUUAAAGGAAUUGGUAAAGGAAAAUACCAAGAUGAUUAUCAUAAACAACCCCAACAAUCCCACCGGAUCAACGACACCGAAGUCCGUACUCCAAGGCCUAGUGGACUUCGCCCAGGAAAAGGGCAUCAUAAUUCUCUCGGAUGAAGUCUACAGACCCUUGUUCCAUGGUAUCUCACCAGGUGACCCGGACUUCCCACCCAGCAUUGUAUCUUUCGGGUAUGCAAAGACAAUAAGUACAGGAUCCAUGUCCAAGGCAUACAGUCUAGCAGGUAUCCGUCUAGGCUGGAUUGCUUGUCGAGAUUCAUCUAUCAUUGAAGCCGUUGCUUCGGCUAGGGAUUACACCACAAUAUCAGUCUCUCAACUCGACGACCGGGUAGCUUCAUACGCGCUCUCCGCAUCAGUACUCCACGCCCUGCUAGGACGCAACAUCAAGCUCGCGAAGACCAACGUUGCCAUAUUAGAGAAAUUUAUUGAUCGCUGGAGCGACGUAUGUUCAUGGGUGAAGCCUACGAGUGGAACAACUGCCCUUGUCAGAUUCGAGAAGGACGGGAAGCCAGUCGAUGAUGUGCAAUUUUGUAUUGAUGUGAUUGAGAAGACGAAAGUCAUGUUUCUUCCGGCUUCGAAGUGCUUUGGUGAGGAAUUCAAGGGAUCUGUGCGUAUUGGAUUUGUCUGCGAGACGCACGUGCUGGAAGAAGCUCUGAAGCAAUUGGGAUUGUAUGUCCGCAGUAACUUACUUUGAGCGGCAAGUACUACAAAUCUUGACCGAUUAGACAAGAGACUGUGUUCAUAUGUCCUAAAUGGAGAUUGAUAUGAUACCAGUGUCUGAUUUAUCCUCUAUUGAGCUCUCGGUAUCGUGGCUUGGGGUGGUGACAAAAGGUCAUCCAAAGCUCACUUCAGACAUGCCAAACCAUAUCCCAAGCUUCCUUUAAGCUCAGCCUAUCACAACUUAUGAGAUCAGAUGGUGUUUUGCCGCACCUAGUCUCUCUCCGGCAGCCUUAAUCUCCUUAGCCCGCGCACUUCAGCUUCUGAAACAGAUCCAUUGAGUUCAGAGCUUGCCGUGAUCUCAAUCAUCAUUUAAUACUCUAAACACAUCUCUGUACCUCACACCCCGUGCCAUUAUACACCUACUCCAGCACCCGCUUUCCCAUUUCCUCACUUCGACCUCCGCCACCAACUUCCCAAUACCCAUUUGCGACCCUCGUAGCAGUCUCCGCCAGUAUCAAUCUGGAUUGCGAGAUUAUCCAAGCGAAUACUAUGAGCAUGCAUUUUGUCGUGGAAUCCAAUAUCCAUGGUGGACGUGGCGUCUGAGUUGCCCUUGGUAGUGGUAGAGUUAACGAUGCCGAACGCUAGAGCGGAGAGGAGCAGGAUGUGGAAGAUGACGAUUAUAGCGAGGGUCAUAGUACGGCUGAGGGAGGGCUUCAAUGGGACCUUGCGGGUCUUGCUUGCUUGUUGGCGUUUGUUUGGCAUUGUUUGGCGCGUGGAGGCUUGAGGCUGAGAGGAGGUGUAAGACAGGCUGAUGGAUUGGGCAAAUUGCCGGGCAAUGGUUUAGGUGCAAGGAAGAAGGAGUUAAGUAGUGGCGGAGAACGAGAUAAGAAAGGUGUAUAGAUAGAGGUUAUGGGAUGCAGGAGUUGACAGGUGAAUUUGUUUGUCGAAGGGAAUCGUUUUCUCGCCUACUCAGGACCGAGCACUUCGGUGAAUGAGCAGGAAGGAACGAGGUUCGUUCUUUCUCAUCAAAUUUGAACAUUUAAAGUUUUUUUUUGUUUUUAACUAAAGUAUUGUGUUUCUCUUUUUAUUGAGAUUUGAUAUUCAUGUGCACACGAAGAUACGAUAGGAGUUCAGCUGCUGCAU